UCUAUGAAAGCUGGAAAAUAUUAAAUAGCCCAGAUAUAAAGAGAAGCGUCAUCGAUUGCAUCAGCUAUCCAACCACCAACGGACCAUUCAUUGACCCAGCCGUAAAAUAAUGUUGAACACGUACAAUUUUUAGACUAUCCCCUUUUUAUACAAUCUAGUAAUAGAACAACAUAGUAGGAAAAAAGAAAGAAAAUACCUAAAAAUAUGUAUGUGUGGUCUUCCAUUCCUUUUUAAAGUGGGACCAAUGAUAUAAUAUCAUCGGUCAACAUGUUUUAACGUUGCUUCACAAUAGCUCAAAAUAAAUUGCAUUUCAAACAUGGUUUAGCAUACAGAUGUUGAAAGUUUUUCGCUCUCAAUUUACUUAAUCUCUGCUUCCUACCUAUUUGAAAGGGGCCGGGGAAGACAAGAAGUUAGCGCAUGUUUAAUAGUGGUUUGGGCUGAAAACAACAUCAAAAAUAUUCUAUGUAACUAAAAAAGGAAGCGCUUCUUUUUUUAUUAUGGUAAAUAAAUUUUUGUUUUAAAUUCAAAGUGAACAUUUAUGUCUAAUAUUUCUUUAUUAAAAAAUUGUUUAUUUAAAUGUGCAUUAAUUUAAAAGUUUUUUCCUUGCAAAACUACUACAUACUGAAAAAAAUGAAGCAGUAAAGCAUUCAUAAAUACGUGGUUUUUACAACUGGCUUUGUGCGUUAGUUACUCUUUAUGGUUUUUUUUUCUCUACGUAAUAUUUUUAGAUCAUGUACUAAAUUCAAUACUAGUAGAAGUAAUGGAAAAAGUCAGAAAACAGAAGAAUAUAUUAACGCAUAUAAAAAGACGAAGUCGUAAAAAUUUAAACUAUGUUAAGUGGUUACGCCAAGAAAUUAAAGUGUGUAUUGAGAAACAUGGAGCAGAACGGCUUAAAAAAAUUGCUGGUUAUAGAUUUUUUUAAAUGUAUUGUUCACAUAAAGCGAGCACACACAUGCAGAAAAUGAAACACACAACGUAAUAGUUUUAAUGGUGUUAAUUACAUACUCCUACUCAUCGAAUUUCCUUUUUCAAUGGUUAAUACAAGAUUUAAUUGAUCUAAACCUAACAGAUGUACUUCUAAAAUAACAAAGAUAAUAGUAAUAAAAGAAAAAAAAGAAAUAUACACGAAUAACCACACAAUACUAAAUAAUGGCAAAGUUUCUAAUUUUUUUUCUUGAAAAGUUUUAUGAGUCCGCCGAUAGUCACUCAUAAACACAUAAAACUUUAAAACUCAUAGCGGGAAAAAAUUUUAUAUAUAAGACCUGGGCAUCACUGGCCGUUUAGUAUAUCUGCCUUGGUCGAUUUCAAAGAAAUUCUUAAAAAAAUAAAAGGCACCCAGUUAUUGCUUUUUUCCUAAUUGAAUUGGAAAAGCAUACGAGAUCUAAACUACUUUUAGUAAACAGGCCAUAACACAAUACCAUUUUGUGAGAAAAUGAUAAUGUAAUUGAUAUAACACAAAUCAGCGCUGACACCAACCACCUUUCCUAUAUAUAAGAAAAUAUUUGUGCAGUUUAUUGAAUCUCGGCCAGUAUUAAAAGACGUAUCGUCGAAAUAAUUUUGGAAAUCCAACUGUUGUAUUAGCCAUCGCUAAUUUAAUUACAAACAUAGUUGAGUGCCAGGUACAAAUAUAUUUAUCAACUACUAUUUAUUCCUUCCCACGCAGCAAACAACAGAAUUAGUAAACCUGCUGAAAAUUUCAUGGAUUUAGACCCUCCGCGAAGAAGAGAUAAUUGCUUACCUCAUGUUCGUAGAGAGAGUUGAGGAACUUACAUUGUCUUAUGGAACUAAUCCUUGAGGAUUGCUAAGCACCACGCCCGAAGUAUUGAAAGACAAAGCUCUGACUUGGUAUCGACACAACCGCAAUCGAUGCACCUCUUGCGACGCCAUUAAAGCAGGUCUGCUAAAGUUUUUCUGCCUACCUUAUUAUCUAGAGAGAUUGGAUGAUGAAAUACGUAAUCUAGUCCAACGAGCCAACAAAACUUUCAAAGAUUACGCCAUGGCCUUGCAGCACCUAAUGCGGCACAGUAAGACGGACGAAAAGGGAAAAUUAGAAUCAACCUUCCGGAACGCACUCCCCGAUUACAUGUAGUACAUCAAACGACGGGAUUUUAAUUUGCUGGGAGAACUUUUGGAACUAGUAGACGAUCUCGAGAGUAUACCUGCAACAAAUUCUAGUACAUCUCAUCGUGAACAACAUCAGACGAUAAACACGAGAAAUUAUACUGCAGCCAAUAUACACCCCUCUAUUCAAUGUCCAGCAUUAACUUGCAAUAACUAUAAACUCACGAUUACCACUGUUAUAGAAGAAGAAAUAACUAUUGCAACAAUCGACAAAGGCACUCCCAGCUGUUUUCUCAGCCAACAAUUCGGCGUAUUGCUUAAUUCACCGUUUGACGAACUAACCGACGGAAUACCAGUUACUUUCACCAACGGGUCAACAGUUCAAGUGAAAACAGCCACACAAUGUCAAGUACAAAUUGGUAAUCAGACCGAAAGGGUUACAUUUUUAGUAAUGCAAUAUGCAUCGGUCUAUUUACAACUUACGAAACUUUGGAUAACCCGUUUGUGUAUUGCUUGAUAGUCAACCACCCUACAUCACAGGAUCGCUUCCAACUAGAAGAUUAGCCAGAUGGGCUCUAGAAUUAUAGCAGCAUCAUCAUACCGUAAAGGCAAAUGGAAUAAAGUAGCUGAUGUGUUAUCCGACAGCCCGUGCAGACUUGUCAAAUAGCGAAGAAUGAACCAACCAGCACCGAAGAAUGCCACUAGAUAAAAAGAAAAUUACAAAAAAUACGUAAACGUCCUGAAGAGUUCCCCGAAUAUUCAUUUACAAAUGCUCAAGUAAAUCGAUACUUUCCACAACAUUUCAAUGACGAGGAAGCUCUGUAUUCCUAUUCACAUCCGAAAUCGUGUAUUAGAGUAGAACUACGAUCGUCCAACCGCAGACUGUCUCGGUCUACUAGUACUUUUCGACACUUUCAGUAAAUGGGUUGAACUAAUCCCAUUGCGUAUGGCAUUCGUCGAAAACUUAACCAAAGCUUUUAAAGAACGCAUUUUAUCCGGAUUCGAGGCUCUAAAAAUUCUAGUGACUGAUAAGGGAACACAAUUCACUAGUCGAAUAUUCCAUCGAUAUUAGAAGGGGAUACAGGGGGUUCAACAGUUCACAGCACUUAUAUGUCCCAAGAGAGAGUGACCCGUACAAUUAAAACUAUGAUAGCGCUACUUCUUGAAAAACUAUAUAUUACUUAGGACAAAUAUUGGCUAGAGGUUAUGUUAACCAUUAAUAUUAUUCUAUCCGAAUCUACCUGCAUACUUAGUUCAAAGAAGGGAGUCAAACCUGCCUUACAUAUUACACAAUGGAGUAACGCCUGGCACCGUCAUACCACCGAUGAAAUUGUGAGCAAACUCCGUGAAGCAUGGGAGAUUGCUCUCGACAGCAUUAACUUGGCGUCUUACAGCCAGAGACGUUGUUAUAAUCUCCGCAGAAGGCCUUGAAGGCCUACAGUAAACGAUUUACUCCUCGUCAGGAGUCAUACCUUAUUCAACGUUGCUGAAAGCUAUGAUGGAAAACUUCCCCCUAAGUAUGAUGGACCAUACAAGGUCGAGAUGUUUUUCUCACCUAACAUAGCUCAGCUAACAAGAUACGACGGCGGAGGCAAACGGAAGACCCAUUUCAGCGAGUUGCGCUCGUUUACCCUGCCCACCGCUGAUGAUAACGAUUGCUUAACAAUGAUUCCAUUCUCUAUCUACAGGCUGCUGUCACCAAAUGCAGAGAUGACGGUGUCUCAAUCAUGUAGCAAACCGGACUCCAAAAGGGCGAUAGUGAUCGUUAAUGCCGUGAAGUGCAGCCAAUCAUGUGUUUAUCAAUUCCGCAUAAACGCUCACUGACAUAAGGAUGAAAAAAGGCGGCAAAGUUACAAAACAUAAGGUCGAAGCCAAGUUGACAGAAUUGCCAAUUUAGGUUUCUUUACAAGUUUUACGAUACAUUUUUUUAUAAUACAGAAAGAAAUAUUAAUUAUUCGUGGUAAGUUCACACAAUAGUUAAUAAUAUAAUAUUUGUAAUUUACUUGCAAUCUUUAAUAUCGCCACGCUUUUAAUUUAGUAGAAGAUGAAUCGGUACGAUUUAACAAAAGGAGAUUCCGAAGCAAACAUGGAGCGAAAAAGUAGAUUUUAAAGGCAGACUAGUCGACGGAAAGGAAGUAACUGCACGACAUUUUGAAAAAUUAUUAUAAAAAUUUAUAAAUAGCGAAGUCUUUCCCUCCAGUAGUAGUGUAGCGCGAAAAUCCAUUGUAAUAGAACGAUAUGCCGAAUACAACUAAGACACGCAAGUAAAGGCACGUAUGUGAUUUAUUGUUUAAAAGAUUUAAUAUUUGUUUUCUGUUUAUUAGGUACUGGAAAAUGAAGGCCAAGAAACGAACCAUUUGACACUCGCGAUCUUUUUGAUUCAGCUGUUUGCAAGUAAACAACUUCAAAUUAAAUUUAUUUUAUUUUUUUCUAUAAACGGAAGUCUAGACUAAUAAUAAUACCGAACGUUAGCUCUUCUGUUUUCUUGUAAUUUGACAAUUUUGAGAGAACGUAUUUAACAACUGUUGUCCUUACGUGUUUCCAAAAAAACGAUAAUGAAUAAUUAAUGCUGAAUGCUAUCACGUAGUUGUUUGAAAAGCAGUCAUAAAAGGAAAGCAUAAGCUGACUUUCGAAUAGGUGAUUACCGUCGUGAUUUCUAGAUAUUUGACAGCCCUGUCUUUCACAGCACUGCCAACUUGGUAUUUGUGCUACACUGCUAGAUUUUGUAAUCCUAAUAUUUAAAGAAGUACAUUUUAGUUAUACUUUCAAAAAUUCCUUAAUUUCAUGUAAGUAAUUAACCCUUUAUAUAAUAUUUCAUAUGUUUCUGUCAAGAACUUUCCUUAGAAAUGUUCUCUCUUAUGACAGCUCUAUCAAGUGCUGAUUCAAAAGGCUAAACGUAAGAAAAGAAGGCUAGUUCGGAUUACAAAUAACUUUAUUAAUAACUGCCUUAAGGUUCAAGCAAAGAACUUAGUGCAGUGAACCUUUUUGCAUAACACAGCGGGCCUACUGUUGUGGAUUUGCUGAAUUGCAGAAGAAGAAGAAAACAUUUAAUAUAUUUUAUAAGUUAUGAGGUAUCGGGAGUUAAUCGUUUUAAAUUAUUUUUGGUUCCUAAACAUCAAUUCGUUUGGAAUUUCGCCGAAAGCAUUUGCUGCCGCCAUUGAACAUUGUCCGGGUAGUAACGUACCGGCUAUUAGAGCGCAAACUCAAUAUCAUGAAAUAUCAGGUAUAUUUUAUUACACAAGUUGGAAUGAAGAGAGUGUUAAAUCUCUUAAGGUAUACGAUGAUGUGGCGUAUUACUAUAGUAGCUAUGUAUAUUUUGCCGCUGUCAAUUGCUGGCAUUUAGCCUGCAAUUGCACACAUGCACAUAUGACAACUGUCGGCAGCGGUUCGCCAAAUAAAUGGCCAACAUUGAUAAUGCAUUAUGGGACUAAUGGUAAAAAACAGUUGCAAUACAAUGGCGAUUGGAACUUCUCAGCUUUAUGCCAGUUCUUAAAUAAUGUAUUGAAGCCGCUGGAACGUGUACACUCCGCAGAUGAGUUACAAGACGUUAAAUUACAAGCAGAUGUAUUAAUCCUGGGGCUAUUUAAAGAAGCAUUUUGCGAUGAAUAUAAACAAUAUUCGGCGGCUGCUCUCAAAUGGCUCGAGACUGAUCCACUACGCAGUUACCGAUUUGCGGUAAUAUUGGGGAAUAACACAUUUCCGGAUUUUUUCAACGUUGAGGAUAAAAAAGUGCCACGCUUAGACUAUUUGACAAUGACAAAAAGCGUAAAAUCAUUUAGUGGUGUUGGAGAUCUAACUUGGAAUGUUAGCAGCAUCAUAUCAUGGUUGCAUGAUGAAUUCAAUGGGGCUUACAGCACACUACAUGGCCACAGUACACCUAUAAACUUAGCUAUAAAAUUAAAACAAGGCCCGGUUAUUGCACUUUUCGCUACCAAUCUACAUUUCUAUAAAUAUAUGGAGCAGAUAUUGCAUGAAUCUAAAGUAUGGUCAAGGCCUUUCAAUGCGUGCAAUAUUCUAUCCAUUCAAGAUCUUCAAGUUAGUAUUAAUAUAGCGACAAUUAUUAAAGAAUUCAGGAAUAUAACUAACGUCAAAGAAGCAUCGACAUGUUGCUACGGCCGGAUAAAGUCAGUUCAUUUAAAAGAUUAUUACAAAACCAACAUUUUAUUAACUCGCUUAUUUCAACAUGUGGCCAAUCCACUCAUGGAAGUCAGCAAUGACUUCAAGUCGGUGCCUUAUUUGAAAAACUUUUACCAUGAGAUAAAGUGUUUAAAAACAAAAAUUCAUCAUUCAAUAUCCUUACGUAUAGCUCUGGCUCAGUAUUUAGAGGGAUCUAUAAAAGAUCUACAACGCAAUAACAAAUAUAAUCGUACAGUUUCAGUAGUUUUGAUAGAUAACGGAGAAUAUACAGAUUAUUUAAACUUCCUAGGCAUUCCAAUAAGCAACCACAAUUUAGCGACAACUUUUAUAGCAGACAAUGAAAAAGAGAGCAUUUAUGUAAUGACGGAAACAUUUGACAUUCGCAAUUUAAUGAAAUUUUUGCAAAAUUUCUUUGAAAACAAUUUACCUUCUUUACAAAGGAUUUCCGGUGCUUCUUCCAUGGAGAAUGUAGCUUUUAAACCGGAUUUCUUUCAAUUAAAGCAAGUAAAUCGAAUUUUAUUUUUAAAUCAAUUGCACUUUCAUAAUAUUACUACCGUGGUCUUAAUUCAUUCACAAUCCUGUCCUUUGUGCGCCAAUUUACAAAACACUUUUCUGCAAUUAGCAGGAAUAUUCAGGCAUCAAUCAAACACUAUUCGAUUUCUGCGCUUAGAUUCACAAACAAACGAUUUGCCUUGGCAAUUUGUCAUGAACACUUUACCAACCUUGCUCGUGUUUCCCCGGGAACAGUAUGCGAAUUCCCGCUUUUUCCCAUCAUUUCUUAAAGCAGAUUUUCGUAAUGUUUUGUCUUUUAUAUUGGCCCAAUUACCUGCUGUAGAUCAAGUAAAACUUGUUUUAUAUAUCUGUGAAGGUAAUAUUCUUCCUUUAUCAAAGGGAAGUUGCUGGCGAUUUGUUAGGAAAUUAAUAACGCAACAUAUCGCGCAACAUCUACGUUAUUGGCAGUUGUUUGAAUCAGAACGUAGUCUAAUUUUCAAACGCUUAAGUGCCUUCAAGGAUAUGAGUUUGGAUAUACAACGCAAUUCAAGACUGUUGUAAUGCGUAGAUAAUUAUUGUAAUAUAUUAAAAUUAUUGUAAAAAAAGUUUCGAAAUGUAAGUUGUAACAAACAUUGUAUUAAGCGAUCAAUGAGAAAAUUAUCUU